AGUUGGAAGAGCAUACUACAUUUGUGGAGAAUCUUGUAAAAGAUAUCCUCGUUAAUGUUGGCAAGAUAGAACCAGCGCUUGCCACAAAUGGACUGAUAAAUCGAGGUAGCUACUAUGACGGAACAAAAAUACUUCACCCCGAUGAGUAUGAUUAUCAUCCAAUACUAGCUCUAUCUCAAUAUAUAACAGAUGUGACAAAUGCAAGUGAGCGCCAUGAGGAUGAUGGGAAACGCAAAAUUAGAAUCAAUGUUAAUAAACUCCCCAAUCCUUUACCUCCCAAGUGCUUGGGAACUAUCAAUGAGAAUGGUGAAGCCGAAUUCAAGACUAAUGAGCUACUUUAUAUGCUGAGUGCUACGAUAUCCGCGGCACUUGAACACAUGGAAACUCAGGGAACUGUAAAAUUGAACCCGAGAUUUAAACAGUACCGCCGCAAUGAAAUACAAAAUACUGGCAUGCAUGGCCCUGCAGUGCGUUUACGAGUGGGAGCGCCUUUAGGGACGACAGACAUCGACUUGUGUUUCUGUCUCAAAUUGGAGCCUCAUGAGCUAGGGCCUAGUGUUCAUAUAAUCAAUACCGAACACAUCCCAUUCGGCUUCUGGACAGAAUCUGUGGUAGAACUACCGAAUUCGGAUGAAUAUAAACUCACACCACCUCAUCGGAAGUUAUUUCUAACAUUAAAGUAUGUUUCCAAUUUAACACGUUUAUUAGGAAGUCAAUGUCGUAUUUCAUCAUAUGCUCUAAGAACUCUUAUAAUACAUCAUCAACAGGACUGUCGGGCGAGUAAUUUGGGCGAAUGCUUCAUUUCCAUCAUCGAUAAAUUAAUGACAAAAUCCGAUGAGGAACGCAAUUCCGAUUUUCACGAUGAUGAAUACAAUUACGAUGAAGAAUUCAUAUACUUGUAUGAUUCAAAUGGGUGGGGCAUUCAAAAUACGAUAUUCCCUGGAAAAUCAUUUCCUUUACAUGGGGUUCGUAUACAUUUGCUCAUUUCAAUGGUAUGGAUUAUACAGCAUAUUAAGCUGAAUCGCAGUAACAACUGGUGGAACGUAUUUCUUUCAAAUAACGUUACUGAAAUCAGAAGGAAUCGCAUUUUGCAAACUUUAAUGGAUGGUUUGAACAAAUACAAUAAGUUCGACCAAUCUCGGAAUGCCAGUAAGUAUCUUAGACUCGAGUGGCAACAUGAUGAUAAAAAUUCAGUGGUUAUGAUACAACGUGUGCUUUUUCCCUUCGUCCCGUUCGUCUCUUCUGUUAAUUGACGUUUGCUCGAUUCAUUGCCAUGCCAAUAUUUUACGAGGACAAAAAUAAAAGCUUUCUUGGAUGAGGUAAUGAAACGUUUGGAUUUUUAGAAAAUAGGCAUGACAUGGAAUGGAGUGCAUGGGUGUAGCCGACAAGGCAACGUGCCUUUACAGAAAUACAGUUAUUCUUCGCGAUACCCGCACCCUCUUUGACUUCAUUCUUUAUCCUCUUGCAAACGACAGAUAGAGGGGCUCUAGCACAUCAGAAUGACAGCUUUGUGCACAUAGAAAUUCAUCAUUUGGUAGCACUCAGUGGAUUUUUGGGAGAUUAUAUUUGAGAUGGUAAAGAAUUGUACAUGUCGAUUGCAAUUUUGUCGACAGUAAAAGGAUGUAAAACUAAAUGGAGCCAAUU